AUGCUGUUGUGCUUGUGCAGGAAACUGUCGGGCCGCCCAACCAUUCAAUUCUUGUGCCACCGAGACACGCACAUAGAUUUUAGUCCAGACCUCUCCAAACUCACCAAUUCGCAGAUGACUCCCCCACUCCCACCAUCCGCCCCGACAUUCCCGGUACCCCGACGAUUCCUUCCCUCGUUCAUUAUUUCGGCUUCAACCUUGAAUCAAGUUUCUUUGUUGGCUCGCACCAGUUUUCGCUUUUUCUUUCUUUUCCUUCCCUUAAACUUCAACACACAAACGUACACACAAUUGAAAUUAACCUCCACCCACUACUCGUUACCUAGUCUGUCUGUCUGUCUGUCUUUCUUUCUUUCUUUUUGCCUGUCUUUCUUUCUUUCUUUCUUUCUUUCUUUCUUUCUUUCUUUCUUUCUUUCUUUCUUUCUUUCUUGCCUUCUUUCUUUCUUGCUUUCUGUUUGUCUGUCUGUCUGUCCGUAUUUCUUUCUUUCUUUUUUUCUGUCUGUCAGUUUUUCUUUCUUUCUGUCUGUCUGUCUGUUUGUCUUUCUUUCUUUUUGUCUGUCUGUCUCUCUGUCUUCCUUUCUUUCUGCCUGUCUUUCUUUCUAUCUGUCUGUCCGUCUUUCUUUCUUUCUUUAUUUCUGUUUGUCUGUCCGUCUUUCUUUCUUUUUUUUCUGCCUGUCAGUUAUUCUUUCUUUUUGUCUGUCUGUCUGUCUGUCUUUCUUUCUAUCUUUCUUUCUGUUUGUCUUUCUGUCUGCCCGUCUUUCUUUCAUUCAUUUUUUUCUUUCUGUCUCUCUGUCUGUCUGUCUACCUGUCUUUCUUUUCUAA